AUAUGUUAAUUUCAGUUUCACAUCAAACGUGAAAGAGUCAAGUUGUGACUGGUAGCACGUAAACCAAAUUUGUAAAUUCAAGAAUUUCCUUUUUGAUUCUUGUGAAUUUAUCUACUAUUUUUUUUAAUAAAAUAUUUUAAUAUUUUAUAUUUUCAUCGUUCGAUUUUGGGUCAAUAGACUCUGGGUUCAAUCAAAGAGACGCCAGACUAAAUUCAAUUCGAUUAACCAUUUGUGAGAAUUGUAUGAAACUAAAAUAGUGUGUAAAAAGACAAAGUAUUUAGUUGAGAAAAAUUGAAAUAAGAUACUUGUAAACAAAAUUUCUGAAAACGCAAAAGCAGAAAUGGUUCUGGUUUAGCAACAAACGACGUCAAAAAUACCAGAUAAAUACCAAAAAAAGCAUCAAAAAGCGAGCAACAACGCCAUUGAACAACAACAAAAAAAAACUGUGACCAAGUGGGAGUAAAAACAGAAGAAACGAAGAAAAAAUGGAUGUCUACAAUGUAUAUUUGGGCGAUUGCAUGAGCUACUCCUCAAUGCGUAAUCCAGUCUACAGGGAUUUUGAGAAAUUUCCCUAUGGCACCCUCGAGUCUUCCUUUAAGCCCUCCGCCAAUGCAUCGUCCUCAGCUGCCAACUCCUAUUACAAUCAAGGUGGCAAUAAAAGUGCUGCUAAUAAAGGAGUGGUGGAUAAGGUGCGCAAAGAAUCUUGUCCCUUUUGCAAAGAGCAAAAGAAACGUCCACUAAUUGCUUACAUUCGUAAGCGUGAGAAUCGGCAGCAGAAGGAGUCCAUCUGCGAAGCCGAUGAACAUGAAGAAUAAUUCUUUUACUAUGUCUCUCAUAUUUUGUUUGAUACAAAAUUCUUUUUGUCUUUAAUGCAAAAAAAAUUAUUUCUUUUGGCUCAUUAUACUGUGUAUAAGAGAGAUUAAAAUUACUAUAUAAUAUUUACACAAAAACACAAAUAAAAAUUUGUAUAGAUGUAAAGAAGAAAAACAAAAAUAAUAGAAAUAUUUAUAUGAAAUUUUAUAUAUACAAUUUAUACUUAAAAUAUUGUUUAAUAUAACAAACAUUUUAUUAAUGUUAAUGUAAAGAAUAAAAAAAUAACGAUUUAUUAAAAGUUUAAAUACAAAAAAAAAAAACAGAAUAAACUUUCCGGGAAAAUAAAAUGCCUUUAUUAAAGACUGAAUGUAUGAGAAAACAAAAGGAAAAUUGUCUGGAAAUACUAAAAAAAAAAAUACAAAAAAAAAAACAGGAAAAAAUCUUGUACUUAACAAUGUUUAACUUUUUGUCUUUUAACAAUAGAAAUAAAUAAAAAUAUGGGGAUUAAAA